CGCUGAAGAAGAGCAUGAAGCGAGAAAGAAGAGGAAUGCGAUGCAGCGAUCGCGAGUACGAUACGAUCGGAUAAGAAGAUCGAAACGAUGGCGUACGAUUUGAAGAACGAGGAGGACGUGAAGGAGUAUCUGAGAAACCUUCACAUAGAGUAUCAAUUCGGCUGUUACAGCGAGAAAAAGCCGGAGGUGUGCCACAUGCUGGGCGACUAUCACGAGGCGGUGAACACGGAUAUGGAGAAGGCCGCAUCGUUGUUCAAGAUGACCUGCGACCAGUACGACUACGCCAGGAGCUGCGCGAAAUUCGGCGAUUUCAAAGUGGUCGGAAAAGGCUGCCGGAAAGACAUAUCGACGGCGUACAAGUAUUUGACGAAGAGCUGCGAGCUCAACGACGAGUCCGGGUGUCUGCACGCCGGUGUCCUGGGAACAUCCAAGAACGACGUCGGCGAAAAGGACAGGGCCACUCAGAUUCACGCGGGUGCCAAGUAUCUGAGGAAGGCCUGCGACAUGUACAACUCGCACAAGGCCUGCUUCUACCUGCAGGUUUUAAAACGCCUUCCCUGCGACUCACUCAUCAACAGUACGACCAUGCGAAACUACAUGUUGGUCUCUCGCGUCCGGCUGGCGGCCGCCGUCUUUCUCGCGCUCGUCUCUCACGGCGUUCUGUCCAAUGCGCAGUCAGCCCAGAAUGAAUCGGACAAAGAUAUCGUCAACGUAGACGUUUAUUACGAGUCGUUAUGCGGUGAUAGCAUGCGAUUUUUCACAAAUCAGCUCGAGCCGUCGUAUCCGUUAUUGAAGCGACAUAUCAAUAUCACAUUGAUUCCUUACGGUAAAGCUACGCACACGCGCGAAAGCAAAACCCGAGGCGAAACCGGUCCGUGGCAGUUCUCAUGUCAGCACGGGCCCGCCGAGUGCCGUGGGAAUAAGGCCCAGGCUUGCGCGAUUCACUCCAUACGGUCCUCCGAGGCGGCCGAGGAUCAACAGCCGCUGACGGUCAAUCUGGUCGGUGUUGCAAUGUCCGCUGGAUCGUCGGUCGUCAUUCCGCAGGUCGCUAAAGACCUUGGCCUGCGCCAAGAAACGCGGGACUCGAUCGACGCAUGCAUCGCGAGCCCGUUAGGGGACGAACUGCUCGCGGCGAACGGCGACAAAACGGCAGCUUUCCAGUCACCCUUGAGAUUCGUGCCGUCAAUAGUGAUCAACGGGGUGUACUCGAAGGAAAAUCAGGAUGAGGCGUUGAGCGACUUCCCCAAGCUCAUCUGUCGGCAUUUGACGGCGCAGGAGAAACCGAGCAUCUGCAGCAGCGAGAAUUAAAGGCGAGAAGAAAUAGGGCCGAGUGUCGCGCGUUGAAGGUGCGGGGGAACAGAUAAACGCUCGGUCGAAAUACAAUGAUGUUUUUUAAUUGUUUUGUCGCCUUACGCCUAUAAUAUACAUAAGUACCUAUAUACAAAAAUAUAUACGAUUUGUCAAAUACAACGGACUAAUUAAUGAGUAUAAAA